CGGGAGCGCGAGCCCUUUCCCAAGCCAAGACCUCGUUUGCGCGUUUCACUUUUUUCGCGCAGGCAUUAAUCCCGCGGCCGAAAGUCGAGGCACCCUCGCUAAGCGCGGAGGAGGACGUGGGGCUGUUGGGGAGGAGGCAUCGUCAUGCGCUCGUCGGGAACGGAACAGGUGGCAUUCGCUUGUCAGUAGUAGACUGCGCUCUCGGGACCCCGUCCAAUUGCCGGACGACGAGAAGUCAUGCCGGUGGCCGAGUGCGCGGCGCUGCCGCCGGAGGGCGACCCCGACGCCGAAGAGGGCGACCUGGCGCCGGAGGCGGCGGCCACGCUGUGCCGCAGCCCCGCCGCCGACGUCCUCAAGAACUUCUACCACACCAAGCGGGUGGGCAACUACCUGAUCGGCAGGAAGCUGGGCGAGGGAUCCUUCGCCAAAGUCAGGGAGGGGCUGCACGCCCUCACCGGGGAAAAGGUGGCGGUGAAGGUGAUCGACAAGCGCAAAGCCAAGAAGGACUCGUACGUGACCAAGAACCUGCGUCGCGAGGGCCACAUCCAGCAGAUGAUCCGCCACCCCAACAUCACGCAGCUGCUGGACAUCCUGGAGACGGAGAACAGCUACUACCUGGUCAUGGAGCUCUGCCCCGGCGGCAACCUCAUGAACCGCAUCUACGAGCGCAAGCGGCUGGACGAGCGCCGCACGCAGAAGUACAUACGCCAGCUGGUGCUCGCCGUGGAGCACCUGCACCGGGCCGGCGUGGUGCACAGAGACUUGAAGAUUGAGAACCUUCUGUUGGACGAGCAGGACAACAUCAAGCUCAUCGAUUUCGGCCUGAGCAACUGCGCCGGCAUCCUGGGCUACUCGGACCCCUUCAGCACGCAGUGCGGGAGUCCCGCCUACGCCGCCCCGGAACUGCUCUCCAGGAAGAAGUACGGCCCCAAAGUGGACGUCUGGUCCAUCGGCGUCAACAUGUACGCCAUGCUGACGGGCACGCUGCCGUUCACCGUGGAGCCCUUCAGCCUGCGCGCGCUGCACCAGAAGAUGGUGGACAAGGAGAUGAACCCGCUGCCCCCCUCACUCUCCUCAGCCGCCAUCUGCCUGCUGAAGAAGCUCCUGGAGCCCGACCCCAACAAGCGGCCCAACAUCCACCAGGCCAUGGCCGACUCGUGGCUGCAGCUGGCCAACAGGAACACGGGGGCGCCCUACCUCAACAGGAUCCACAUCGAGGAGAUCAACCACACGGUGCUGCUGCACAUGACGGAGAAGAUGGCCUACAAGCACAGCGAGGUCCUCGGCGCCGUGCUGACAAACCGCGCCUGCCACACCCUGGCCGUCUACUUCCUGCUCAACAAGAAGAUGAAGCGGCUCUCCAAAGAGUUCAGGGAGCUGCGCUUCCAGGAGGAGAAGAAGGGCGACAAGGCCAAGAAGGAGUACUUCCAGACGCAGUGGCGCAAGCACGUGGACAAGCUGACCAUCCCGCCCAAGCAGGCGCCCGUCUACCUGGCCGUCAGCAAAGGGGCCGGCAAGGAGAAGAAGCACCGCAGCGGUCUGCUGCGCGCUCUGACCGGCGGCCACCGCAACUCGCCGCUGGCGCCGCCGGGCACGGUGGCGUCGUCGUCCAUGGAGUACCUGGAGAUCCAGCCCCUCUUCUCGUCGCAGACGCCGCCGCAGCAGCGCCGCCGCCUGGCCACCAUGCCGCCGGCGGACGUGGGCAGCCCCGAGCGCGGGGCGCCGGCCCCUCCGGCGCCCUCGCCCAUCGGCAUGCACUCGUUCGGCUCGCUGUCCAAGGCCGAGCGGGCGGACGAGGCGCCCGCCUCGCCCUGGUACAAGCUGACCAACGGCACGCUGUCGCCCCCCCGCCACGUCUCCGCCUUCCAGCCCGACUCGUCCUACCUGAAGAAGGCCACCGUGCCCAGCCCGCCCGUGCUCAUCGCGCACCCGCGGCCCAAGAAGAGCGUGUCGGCCGAGUGGGGCGGCGGCUUCUCGUCCGACGCCAGCGGCAGCCCGCCCAGCGCGGCCGGCAGCCCGCCGGGCGGCUCGGCCUUCAGCCCGCCCCGCUCGGCCUUCGGCCCGCCGUCGGCCUUCGGCCCGCCGGCCAACCUGAGCGGAAGCGGCAGCGACCCCGACAGCCCGGCGCCGCGCGCCAAGCUGCCCUGCGCCGGCCUGGCGCUCAAGAAGGCGGCGCGGCCGCGGCCCUUCGCCUUCCGCCCCGAGCAGGUGGCGGAGGAGGCGCUGGUGUCCCCGCCGCCCUACCCCAUGCAGACGCUGCUUUGCGCCUCGGGGGCGCUCAAGACCCUCUGCUGAGGGCUCAAACGCCACCGCCUGACUUGAAGACGUAAAGAUCCCCUUCACACCCCCCCCCCCACCCCUCCCCCCACCAAUUUCACCUCCUCUCCUCUUGCUGCGUGUUGUCCGGUAGGACUCCAAAGUCUUCCGGAUGAAGCGCGCUCACUUUUGGGGCCAAUGGUGGGACGAAGGCGACCCCCCCCCCCAGUCUGGCCUUUUUCACAUCCCUUUUGAAGGAAAAACAUUUUCAAAGUCGCCUUAUUGAGAAAACGUCGCCAUUGGUAAAACGCGAACAGACCACUUUUUUUUUUUUGUGCAAUAGUCUGAAGUGUUUUCUACGUACUGAUGACCAAUCACGAGUAUUUGCCAAGGACGGGGGGUGGGGGGGGGGGGGACUUUUGACUUCUUCCUGCUUCUUGAAGGCACUUUGGGUUUUUAUUUUGGGUGGGGGGGGGGCGUCUUUGGGUUUGGCAUUGUGAACCACUCAAAGGAUAAGUUGCAUGCGAUGUUGUCCGUGUGUCGGCGGUCUUUGUACCUUUUUAAGUUUUCAGACGGCGCUCGAGCCGAGAUCGACGGCGACUUUUUGUAAACAUUUUGUAACUUUUGUUGCUCGCUCAAGAGAUUUCUAUGCUGUAUAAAGUGAUUUCAAACAUUUC